GGGGGCGGCGCUGCCCGGCGGCGGGGCGGCCCCGCUCUCGCGCCCAUAAAGCGGGGCCGGCUCUGCCCGGCGCCCCGCGCUGCAGCAGCGCCAGCGGGCGGCUCCGCUCCCGCCCCUGCGGCCGGGCACCCGCGAGCCCGAGGGAGCGCAGGGAAACCCGUCACGUGGAGAGGCAGGCGGCGGCGGCGCAGGCUGUGGCCGUGGCCGCGCUCUGCCGGAGCGGGCACAGCGCAGGGCGAGCUCCGGCGCGGCGCAGCAAGGGGCCGAGCGCGAGCUGCGACGGCUCCCCGGGGCCGGCGGCGGCUGCCCGCGGCCCCGGUCGGCGGCUCGGCCCCGCCAGGGCGGCUCGCGGCUGGGCCCGGCUCGGCGGGGAGACGGUGCUGCUGCGGCGGCCGCGAUGGGCCUCCGGGGGCUGGCGGCGGCGCUGCUGGCGGCGGCGCUGGUGCGCGAGUCCCUGCAAGGAGAAUUUCAAAGGAAGCUGUAUAAGGAGCUGCUGAAAAACUACAACCCUCUGGAACGACCGGUGGCAAACGAUUCCCAACCACUCACUGUCUACUUCACUCUCAGCCUGAUGCAGAUCAUGGAUGUGGAUGAAAAGAAUCAAGUAUUGACAACAAACAUCUGGCUACAAAUGUUUAGACAGAAAUCAAGAGCGAGCCAGCUGCACACAACCUGCCCGGUGGGCAUCAGCUGCCCCCCAGACCACGGGCCCCCAGGCUGCGGACCCGGAGCAGAGAGGGGCUUGUCCUGCCAGCUCCGGAGACGGCAGUGCCCAAAGGGAGCCCCCGGUCUCAACACGGUGCCCCCAGACGGCACCGCACGUCCACCUGCAUUGCUGGACUUGUACUGGACGGAUUAUUAUUUACAGUGGAAUGUGUCUGAAUACCCCGGAGUGAAGAACGUCCGCUUUCCCGACGGCCUGAUAUGGAAGCCAGAUAUUCUUCUCUAUAACAGUGCCGAUGAAAGAUUUGAUGCUACAUUUCACACUAAUGUUUUAGUCAAUUCUUCGGGACAUUGCCAAUAUCUGCCACCAGGCAUAUUUAAAAGCUCAUGCUACAUAGACGUGCGCUGGUUUCCAUUUGAUGUUCAGAAGUGCAACCUGAAGUUUGGAUCCUGGACCUACGGAGGCUGGUCCUUGGACCUACAAAUGCAAGAAGCAGACAUAUCUGGCUAUAUCUCAAAUGGAGAGUGGGAUUUAGUAGGAGUUCCUGGGAAGAGAACCGAGAGUUUUUAUGAAUGCUGUAAAGAACCGUACCCGGAUGUAACAUUCACAGUAACUAUGAGACGCAGGACUCUCUAUUACGGACUCAAUCUUCUUAUUCCCUGUGUACUGAUAUCAGCACUGGCCUUACUAGUUUUUCUGCUUCCAGCAGACUCGGGAGAAAAGAUCUCACUAGGUAUAACAGUUUUAUUGUCUCUCACUGUCUUCAUGUUACUUGUGGCUGAAAUUAUGCCCGCAACAUCUGAUUCUGUGCCAUUAAUCGCUCAGUAUUUUGCCAGCACUAUGAUUAUUGUUGGUCUUUCUGUUGUUGUCACGGUUAUUGUUCUGCAAUAUCACCAUCACGAUCCAGACGGGGGGAAAAUGCCUAAAUGGACAAGGAUCAUUCUUCUGAACUGGUGUGCUUGGUUUCUGAGGAUGAAAAGACCAGGGGAAGAUAAAGUGCGGCCCGCCUGUCAACAUAAACAGCGUCGAUGUAGCCUAUCGAGUGUGGAGAUGAACACCGUGAGCGGACAGCACUCCAGCAACGGGAACAUGCUCUACAUUGGGUUUAGGGGGCUGGAAGGGGUUCACUGCACACCUACCACUGAUUCAGGGGUGAUCUGUGGGAGGAUGACCUGCUCACCAACAGAAGAAGAAAACCUCCUGCACAGCGGCCACCCUUCUGAAGGUGACCCAGAUUUGGCUAAGAUCUUGGAAGAGGUCCGCUAUAUCGCAAACCGCUUCAGAGACCAGGAUGAAGAGGAAGCCGUUUGCAAUGAAUGGAAGUUUGCAGCCUCUGUAGUGGAUCGACUCUGCUUGAUGGCUUUUUCAGUCUUCACAAUCAUUUGUACAAUUGGUAUUUUAAUGUCUGCGCCAAACUUCGUAGAGGCCGUGUCUAAAGAUUUUGCUUAACUACAACAUGAUUCUCUGAGGUAUGAUAUGUAGCAAAUCAGAGUGGGUUUGUUUAACUGCUUGUCUGCUUCUCAUGGUCCUCAUUCUUUUGACCCCUCUUGCACCCAUCCCUGGCCCAGGGCUCCCUCUGAACCGUGGCAGCGUUUCGGCAGGGGAGCCAAGGAACGUGCCGCCCGGGAGAGCUCCUUCGCGCACACCGCUGUGGGAGCCGCGAAGUGGCUGUGAGCCCCUUCAGAGCGGCAGGGUAUUGCACCAGAAACUCCUACGGAUUUUUGAACCAAAUGACUAUUUUAAAAAAUAAUGGGUAGGCAACGGCAGAAAUGUCAUUUCUUCCUGACUUUGUUUUUAAAGAAUGAAGGUAGCCCAUCGUAAUUUGAAUAAGUGAUUACAAGCACUUAUCUGUAGGAAAGGAUUAAACCCAAAUGGAUGGAAGCUCAAAAAGCACAGAGAAAUGGAAAAAUCACACGCCUUUCAGUUACUGUUUCUUACUGAGUGGUAGUACGUAGCUCUCUACUUCAGCUCCCUAGUCAGCCCCGUAACUCCUUCCACGCGUUGUGUAGGGAACGUAUGCACUAACGUAGGAUGCAGAAUUUCUCCAAGAGGCAAGAAACCUGAAAGUUGAGAUGAUACAGCACAUAAUGUGCCCUUCUGUAUUUUUCUGGAUUUGACCUAGCAGUUUGGCCUGAAUUCUUAGAACAGGUUUCACAGUAACUGUUGAGAUGAUUUCUUCUUCCCUCUGCCCAGAAAGACAUUCUUUCAACUGAUGACUUUUGUUGGUCUUUACUUUUUUUUUAAUCUAUCAAAAAAAUGAAGGAUUUAAGACGCCUUAUAUUUGUUAAAAAAAAAAAUACACACACUUUUCUCUCUACUGUUAAGUGCAUUCCAACAUGGAUAAAGUAAAUCAGUGCGUCUUCUCUACAGACUCAAGUAUAAAUGACAAAUCUAAAGCAAAACAAGCCAUUAAGUCUUGAGAUCAAGAUCUGAAUUUCACAAUUAAAUGUUUGAUCUGUUGCAUGCAUAGCCUUUUAUAGUCAUCUUUCUGUUGAGUCACCAUACCAUGUCAUUACAAGAAAACUAUACCCUUUCUGCUCAGUGUAUCAUCCCAAGAGCACUAAUGAAUAAUAAAGAUUUACUGGGUUCAAUAUGAACCAUAUCUGUAUAAAUAUAUAUAUGAACAGUAUAUAUGUCCCAGGAAAGCUUAAGAUUUAAAAGCAAAUUCUUUUAAAUGUAGUCAGAUAUUUGCAAAGGCAAAACAAAUAGUUCAUUACCUUGUCAUUUACGACUCUGAAAUUCCCCCCUCAAAAUAGGUUUAGUUUUCAUGUGAGUUUAAUGGUUUAAGAAAAGGGAAGAGCUAAGAAUACUAGGACCUGAAACUUUGCGUGUGCAAAAUAGCUGAGUAGUAGUCUCAUGCUGACACACCAGCGCUACUGACCAGCGAUCUACAGGAUAAAAGGUGUGCGGGGAGGACUCCUUCAGCACCAGCUGCUUGUUUUAUCCUACAGAACCCCAGCUUCUUGGCUGAGGUGGCCAACAGCAAUGCAAACUGAGGCCUGUUGUGGUACCAUGUUUUUACUGUGAGAUAACAUAACUUGAGGCCUCAGUUUUUAGAUGGAUUAAAAGAAAGCAACUGCAAAGGCUGCUGUUUCUAAGCAUCGAUUUCUUGUUCAGAAGCUGCUCCCCUAAUCAAGAAAAUCAAAUUUCAUGUGAAUCUAGUCCAGAGUUAUCACGGGUACAGUCCAUUCCCCUGAGCGAAGACCCUGCUCAACCCUAUUUGCGCCAGAUAAAAGGGCAGGAGAAGUGAGAGCAAGGCAGGAUUUUUCUUACAGCCCGCGAAUUUGGUGCUGAACUCUUGAAGAAUCAUUCAGAAUCUCAACACCCACUGCAAAGAUCUGGACAAAGCAUUUGUGUCCUCCUCUUCCAUUAUGGAAACCUUCCUGCCGCAGUUAUCUGUGAGCAAGGUAUUUUUCAUGCACAGUUACUAAGAAUUAGCAACACGAUAGUUCCUGCAAUUGAUUUCUCGUUUGUAGGUUGCAUACGAAUAGGAAACACUGAGUAUCCACAAUCUGAAAUGUUCAUUUGUGAAUGACUACAAAUAACGAGUGGCACGUGCUGCUCUUCUGAGCAUUUCUGGAAUAGGCCUCCUGAUGCGAAUGUUGAUUUGCAUUAAUAUUUUUCCUUCAGUAAGUAUCCCUGAAUAGCCAUGCAAAAUGGUCUGUUUAGUCUUUGCAAAGUUUUGGGGUCCUCCUGAAUGAGACUUUUUUUUAAAAAGAAAUCCUAUGUUUUAGCAACUAUCUCAUGCAAUGGGACAUGAGAAUUAAAGUCACGUAAUGCACUAAAGGGAGCAUCAGAAUACCCCUCUUUCCAUCAGAAUCCAUUUAGAAAAUCAGCAGAAAUCAUCUUGCUAAAUACAGUUAUUUACAGAAGGUUGAGGAAAGCAAUUUACCAUUUGAGAGUAAACUUUAUUACCAAUGACAGACUGUGCCUACACUUAAAAACCGGAGACUGGUAAUCGGCCUUUAAAUGAAGCCCUACCACAGUUAGUAAAACUGCAUUACACUGUCAAAGACCAAGCGUUAGUCAAAUUAGUAAUAAAGCAUCAGCAUCAUUGUCUACUCUACUGCCUUCAUCAUUGCCAGGAUUAAGGAAAGUGUGCCAAGGGGGCAAGUGAAUCCUAAUUUUCUUAUUGUCAACACAACCUGUAAACAUUUUAUAACGAGAUGGUUAUGAACUGUAAAUAUAACAGUGACUUCUUCUCAGUUACAUUAUUUUGCAUCUAAGAGAUAAAUUUUCAUAUCACUGAGCUGAGCAAAUUGGUAGGAUUAUUGUCAAAUUGUGUACGUCUUAAAUAUAUUUGUGUAUGUGCUAAAAAUAUUCAGAUCUAAAUGCUGGGAAAAAAUAUUUAUUUAAAAACCCAGGCAUAGAGAUGGGAAUUAAAUACUGUAUACAGUAUGUGUAUAUAAUAUAAUAGAAUAUAUACUGAUGGUAAGGAUCUGUUAUGAUCUUAGAAGUCCAGAGAGUAGGAUAUCCAAGUGGUUCACCACAACUAAGCUAUGACUUGUCUGACAACUUCAAGAGCUCACUCUAGAGCUCAGCUAUCAUGUACAGUACUGUGUGUGAACAAUGUACAUUACUUUUUCUGUUUUUAUAUUGAAUUGUAUUGAAUAUUUAAAAAAACUUUUUAAUAUUUAAAAAUAAUUUUAAGUGUUAAUGCCAAAAAAUUCCAAUUGUAAAAUUUUAAAAAGUUAGUUUUAAAUACAGAUAAAUUAUUUAAACAGUAUUUAAAAUAGUAAAUUAUUUUAUAUAGGAAUUGCUAAUACUAUGUAAGACUUUUUUUUAAAGGUUUCUUUAAAUUCUCUUUACAUUCUCUAUAGUUGCAGGAUGUAAUCUCAAUUCACCUGUGAGAAAUCUACUUUUCACUUUCUUUUACAAGAAAAGAAGGUAAACCAAAGUCCUGGAUUUUCUUUCCUUUUGUUAUGCUAUUUUUUACAUCAAGAAACAUUGCAUAGAGGACAUUAGAAAGUGAUGUUACAUCUACUAGGUACUGACUGUCAUAUAAGUAUUUCAAUACCUUUUCGGUCCAAUACAAAUAAAAAAUUUAGAUCAAGA